AUGCAAAUGCAAAUGCAUUUAGGCUUAAUUCAAAAUGAAAAAAACCAUUCAUCUUGGUCCAGGAAGGAAAAGCGUAAAUGGUUCUUAUCUCUAUUAUGUGGUACAUGUCUCAUAUAUGCUACAAGAACAUCAGUUCCUUUAUUGAUGCCAAUUAUAAGUAAAGAAAAGCAAUGGUCCACAACAGACUCUGGAAUAAUAUUAUCUAGUUUCUUUUGGGGUUAUACACUAACACAAGUUGCUAGCGGUUAUAUUAGUGAUAGAAUUGGAGGACAAAAGGUGUUAUGGGUAUCUGCUCUUGGAUGGUCUAUUACCACAUAUUUUAUGCCAGAAAUUAUUGAAUUCUUUUCAAAAAGUGAUACAUCUGUGUUUUUAGUAGCCAUUGUAAGAACAAUAAAUGGAGCAUUUCAAGGAAUGCACUUUCCUAGUAUGAUUAGUUUGAUAAGUCAACGAUUACAUGAAGCAGAGAGAGCCUCGUUCUUUAGUUUAUUGACAUCAGGAUCUGCUCUUGGUACAUUGCUCACAGGAUCUCUGGGUUCUUAUCUGUUGGAAAACUAUAACUGGAUGACAGUUUUCCAGAUUUUAGGAGGUUUGAGUUUGACAUGGACCCUGUUGUUAAGUUAUCAUGCUCUACCAUUUAAAGAAAGAACGGUUUCUACUAAGCUAACUACUAACUACACUUUACCAUGGCUGAAGCUUUUAAGAAAACCUCCAUUCUGGUCAUGUGUAAUAGGACAUGCUUGCCAAAAUAAUUGUUUUUUUGUAUUGUUAUCUUGGAUGCCAACAUAUUUUCACGAUACAUUCCCUGAAGUCAAGAGCUGGGUUGUAAAUAUGGUACCAUGGUUGUCAAUGUUACCUUGUACAUUUUUGGGCAAAUCUCUUUCUGAAAGAAUACUAAAGGCAGGAUAUUCUGUUACUGCAACACGUAAAAUAAUUGAAACAAUAUGUUUUGCAACUGAAAUAAUAAGUCUACUAUUCUUAGCAAAAGUGGAAAGUUUCCAGAGUGCAAUAAUUUGUCUUGCGUUUAUAAUUGGAGGAUCAGGUUUUCAUAGUAAUGCAAUUGCUGUAAAUCCUUCAGAUCUUGCACCAAAACAUUCUGGCAGUGUAUUUGGAUUAAUGAAUACUGUUGGUGCUAUACCUGGAUUUCUGGGAGUAUACUUUGCGGGACACAUUCUACAUGUAACACACAGCUGGCCUGUUGUUUUUAUAUUCAUUGCUAUAAUUGAUGCAUUAGGAUGUAUAAUAUAUCUACUAUUUGGAUCUGGUCAAGCAAUUAUAUAAAAU